CGGGGACGAGGGGUCGGCAAGGCCCGCGGAGUGGGGUUCCGUCCCCAGGCCCUGCACCGGGUUCCCGACGGGGCUCCCGCCGCCUCCCCCCCUGCUUCGGAGCGUGAGCCCUAAGGCAUCCUGACCCAGGGCUGUCCAGCCCCUAAGCCUUGUCUUUCCCGGAGAUCUCUUAAGUUCCGAUCUCGAACGGGGUGCCACGGCUCGGGAAGCAUGACGACCGAGACCUUCGUGAAGGAUAUCAAGCCGGGGCUCAAGAAUCUGAACCUUAUCUUCAUUGUACUGGAGACAGGCCGAGUGACUAAGACAAAGGACGGACACGAGGUUCGGACCUGCAAAGUCGCAGACAAAACGGGCAGCAUCAAUAUCUCAGUGUGGGACGACGUGGGCAACCUCAUCCAGCCUGGGGACAUUAUCCGACUCACCAAAGGGUAUGCUUCAGUGUUCAAAGGUUGUCUCACACUCUACACUGGUCGUGGGGGCGAUCUGCAGAAGAUUGGAGAAUUCUGCAUGGUUUAUUCUGAAGUCCCUAAUUUCAGCGAGCCCAAUCCAGAGUAUAACACUCAGCAGGCGCCCAACAAAUCGGUGCAGAACGACAGCAGCCCCUCUGCCCCUCAAGCUGCCACGGGACCCCCUGCCGCCUCUCCAGCCUCCGAGAGCCAGAACGGGAAUGGACUGAGCACCCAACCGGGUCCUGGCGGUGGCCCCCAUCCCUCUCACACCCCGUCACAUCCUCCCAGCACCCGAAUCACUCGAAGCCAGCCCAACCACACACCUGCCGGCCCCCCUGGCCCCUCCGGCAACCCUGUCAGCAACGGUAAAGAAACUCGAAGGAGCAGCAAGAGAUAGCGAGAAACGAGUCCUCGCCUUCGACGGCAGACCGCGACCCAGGCGUCCGCCAGAGGACAGCCUUCUCCGGGGCGGCUGGCUUCGAGACUCGAGGGUGGAGUAGCUGUGUUUUAGCUAUUAAGUCUCCCUGGCGGGGUGAGCAGUGGCCUCGUCCACCUCAAGCUCGUGUCCCCUUGUCCUGCUGACGCUGCCUGCGCUCUGGGGUCCAGGGCCCUCUGCCUGCCCUCCUUCCUCUGGAAAAGACAGUCUGGUUGUGUGUGUGUGAGUGUGAGUGGGAUACGAGGGUCUAACUGAAAUCCCUCCUUCCUAAUAAAUGUGCCCACUGCG